AUGGUCCGCAGUCGACCCACCCGUCUCGCCCACAUCGCCCCGAUUGGGGUCGAUCGCAUGGGAGACAUCGCAGAUCUAUCGGGCAAGGAUUUUCUCCGCCUAGAGAAUCUCGACGUGGAUAUACCCCCUGACCCAGAGGCCAUUGCAUGCACGAAGUCAUCUGCCGACCAAGACCAGAAUAACAGCUACCUGCCCUUUAUCGGACAGCGUCAUUUGCGCGAAAUUGCUGCGCGCCACGUCUCGUCGAUAUCCGGCGUGCAGUACUCCGGGGAGGAAAACUGCAUCAUCUCCUCCGGGGGACUAUCCGGCAUCUUGAACGUCCUUCUUGCUACCGUUGAAGUUGGCGAUGAGGUCAUCGUCACUGACCCAACUUACGCUGGUCUCAUCAACCGUGUCCGUCUCGCAGACUGGGACCUCAUAUCCAAACUCUGUGUAGAGGCAGAUCUCCUUCUCAUCCUUGACACUGCCAUGGAGCGGCUCCUGUUUGAUAAGAGACCGCUUAUCCACCCUGCUGGGCUACCAGGCAUGGCUAAUCGCACAAUUAUCGUCGGCGCCGCCUCCAAGGAACUUCGCAUGAUCGGCUGGCGGGCAGGGUGGAUUGUUGCGCCCAAGGAAUACAUACCUGAUCUCAUCGCCGUCUCGCUCGCGAACGUAGUCGUUCCCGUGGGAAUUGCGUAG